UUAUGUUAUCCCAGCCUCCCAUUGAUGAGAAUUGGGUUUGCUAAAUCACUCAUUAAUUGACACUAGAGGCUGUACUUAAACCGAGCUGCAUCCCACAUCAAAAUUGACCACCUUGCACUCGUCUCAUCACUCUCUCAUUGUCAUCGUCGUGAUCAAUGGCUCCGCUCAGUUCCCCGCAAGAUCUCGGCUUGGGUGCCAUCCUCACCAGAGCCCUCUCUUCUCCAACAUUGUCUCCUCCUCCAACUCUAGUGGCUCGGCAAAACACCGAGACUGUUACUGUUACUUCGUCCGGCGAUAAUGGCAACAGUGCCCAAACAUUGAGCGGAGGCGCAAUUGCCGGUAUCGUCAUUGGUUCGAUUGCUGGCUUUCUUCUUCUUCUUUGGGUUAUUCGGUCGUGUCUCAAUUUGGGCGCACCACCUCAAGAACGGGAGAAGUGGUAUCACUACAAGGAAGAGCCUCGACGACAUCAUCAUCGCUCUCGAAGUAGACGAUCGCAUCGAUCAAGCAUCUCAGCACCCCCUCCAAUUGUUGUUAGAGACUCGAGAUCCCGCAGUCAUCGCCGUGGACGAUCGCCUGGAUAUUAUGGAACUGAUCGCGGCACACGUUAUUACGUAUAAGUGCUGCGCGACCGACACGACAAUAAGCGUUUGCAACAUAGCAACCUUCGCUUCAAUACCUCAUGAUGCUUUUACAAUGCAUCAAUUCAAUUGACCAGAAUAGGUCAGGUCCGAUAAGGACAGGAGUUACGGCGUAUGGAUAUGAUUAGCACGUCAUGCAAAAUCACGACUUAUGAGAUGAAAUCAUAGAUCACGUCACGACGGAGAGGGAAUUGCACGUAUACGAAGGCAUUGGACUUAUGUGAAUAUUUUGAUACCAUUUCUUGUUACGUACGAUUACUAUGAGAGCUCGAAUUUCCCAAUUAUUGUUCAAUUGCACAUAAAGAUGGCCCCAACCCAUGUCCAAACCUUGCAUACGCAACACAAGGCAUUGUUUUUCGUAUCAUCUCGCACGUGCAAC